ACUCUCCCCCACUUGACUCCCGCCCCGGCGGCGUGCGUCGCGGCGAUGCCUCCCAUCGAGUCUCGGCGGCGGGGUACGACGGAGGAGGAGGAGAGGAAGGAGGAGGAGGCGCGGCGCGAGAAGAAGCUCGGCGACGACGCCUGCGGGGCCAUGCGCUACAAGCCGGCCGUCGAGCACUACACCCGCGGCGCCGACCUCGACCCCGCCGACAUCUCCCUCUGGAUCAAGCGCGCCAAAGCCUACUUCCGCAUGAACCAGUACGAGGAGUGCGUGAUCGACUGCGACGAGGCGGUGAAGAGGAGCGGCGGCGGCGGCGGCGGCGACAAGCUGGCCGCGAAGGCGCUGUCGUGGAAGGGGUUGGCGCUGCUCAACCUCGCCGCCUGCGCCGCGGACUGCGAGCCGGCGAUCCUCGCGCUGCGGCAGUCGCUGGGCAAGCACUACCGCGAAGAGACGCACGCAGUGCUCGAUGAGGCGGAGAGGGCCAUGGAGAGCUUCCAGGAGCAGGAAGCCGCCGAUCGCCACCAACACAAAGGUGGAGAACUCCUCCGUCAGCAAAAGUAUGAGGAAGCCGUAAUGCAGUUUACUGAAGCCAUAAAAAGGAAUCCAAGGAAUCCCAAAAAUUUCAGCGACAGAGCUCAAUGCCACAUCAAGCAAGGUGAAUUGCCUAAAGCACUUGAAGACGCAGAUCGAUGCAUCGAGUUGGAUUCUACAUUUGGUAUGGGAUAUGUAUGCAAGGGUAUGGCUCAGCUCCGUAUGGGCAAAUAUGAAGAUGCUCAGGCAACUUAUGUAGGCGGUUUGAAGCAUGACCCAAGAAAUCUUCAAAUUCUUGAUGGCUUAGAAAGAUGUGCUGUAUUUUUUAAAGCGGCUAAUGGCAGCAACUCCAGGGCCAAAGACUCGAGGCAGCAUGAAAGAGACAUAGAACAUCUGCGUGAUGAACUGCAAAAAAGCAAGGAGAAAGCAUCCCGUGAGCGCUCAAGGCGAAUGGAAUAUGAAGAGCUGGCCAGGGCAUUGGAAGAAUCGUAUUCAGGCCUGGUUGAACAACUUACAACAAAGCAUGAUGUGGUCACUGUAGAGCUUCAGUUAGCCAGGGAGCACAAAGAGGAUCUAGAACAUCAACUCUCAGAAUGCAGAGAGUGUUUGGAACGGCUUCUAUCGACCCAAAGUCGCGUACCACCGCAUUUUAUCUGCCCUAUAUCUCACGAAGUCAUGAAUGAUCCUCACAUUGCAGCAGAUGGAUACACUUACGAAGCUGAGGAGAUCAGGCACUGGUUCCAGAGAGGCCGUCACACAUCUCCAAUGACCAACCUGCGACUUGAGCACGAGCAGCUCAUUCCCAAUCGCGCGCUGCGUUCUGCGAUUCAGGAGUGGCGCCAACAACAGAACAUGGCGCUGUAACCUGUUCCGCUGUUCGUUCGAUUUGUGCAUACUUCUCCCCUCUUGCGUCAGCUGCUGCUUCGUUGUGGAGUGAGCAGGUGAGCAACCAUGAGAAGCUGGCUGCGGUAUGAUUCCUUUGCUACAACGAGAGAUACGGAUUUGCAGUGAAUUUGUGCGUGAACUAAGGCCUUGCCUUUCAUAUGUUCUUGGUUGUUACCAUGCAUUUUGCACAUCUCACUUGGUUGUAAACUUGUAAUAAUUUACAAUGGCUCCAGUACUCUUGGGGUCUAUUUCUGCUGUGAGUUUUAAUAAAGAACAAUGGUGCUACAUUUAUUUUUCUCAAUAAUCACAGAUGGGUUUUCGCAGACUGAAUCAGAACUUUGUAUUUCAUCAUAUGUUGUUCUGACAAGUUAUCUGUGGCUGUGCUUUUGGUCUUUUGUACAUCUUACUUGCUAUGGACAAGUUGCAAUAAUGUACUGAC